CCGCGCUGGGGGCGGCCCGGCGGCGGCGGCGGCGGCGGCGGCGCACGCUUCCUGCGGGCGCGGCUGCUGUGGGCGCGGAGCUGCGAGGCGGAGCCGGGCCGCCGAGCCGGGAGCCGCGAGCCGGGAGCGCGUCGGUCCAGCCUGCGGGCCGCGCCGCCGCCGAGCAGCCGCCCCGCGCGCCGCGCCUCGGGAACAAAGGCGCCCGCCGCCGCCGCCGCCGCCAUGAAGCCGGGGCCGCCGCACCGCGCCGGGGCCGCCCACGGGGCAGGCGCCGGGAGCGGGGCCGCGGCAGGGCCCGGGGCCCGUGGGCUGCUCCUGCCGCCGCUGCUGCUGCUGCUGCUGGCCGGGCGCGCCGCGGGGGCUCAGCGCUGGCGCAGUGAGAACUUCGAGAGGCCCGUGGACCUGGAGGGCUCUGGGGAUGACGACUCCUUCCCCGAUGACGAGCUGGACGACCUCUACUCGGGGUCCGGCUCGGGCUACUUCGAGCAGGAGUCGGGCAUUGAGACAGCCAUGCGGUUCAGCCCAGAUGUGGCCACGGCAGUGUCCACCACACCCGCGGUGCCGCCCACCAUGGACAUCCAGCCCGUGGGCACCCCGUUUGAAGAGCUCCCCUCCGAGCACCCCACCCCGGAGCCAGCCACCAGCCCCCCGGUGGUGACAGAGGUCCCGGAAGAGCCCAGCCAGAGAGCCACCACCGUCUCCAUGCCCACGGCUACCACUGCUGCCACGACCGCAGGGGCCCUGACCGUGGCCACGGUGCCCGCCACGGUGGCCACCGCCGCCCCCAGCAUCCCCGCAGCACCCCCUUCCACGGCCAUCACCUCUGUCAUAAGGACCACCGGUGCACAGAGGCUUCUGCCUCUUCCGCUGACCACGGCGGCCACGGCCCGGGCCACCACCCCAGCGGCGCCCUCGCCUCCCACCACGGUGGCUGUCUUGGACACAGAGGCCCCGACACCCAGGUUGGUCAGCACAGCUACCUCCAGGCCAAGGGCCCUUCCCAGGCCAGCUACCACCCAGGAGCCUGACAGCCCUGAGAAGAGCACCCUGCCCCUGGGGACCACGGCCCCCGGACCCACGGAAGUGGCUCAGACCCCAACUCCGGAGUCCGUCCUGACCACGAUCCGGGAUGAGCCAGAGGUGCCCGUGAGCGGGGGGCCCAGCGGGGACUUUGAGCUGCCGGAGGAAGAGACCACACAGCCAGACACAGCCAAUGAGGUGGUGGCUGUGGGCGGGGCUGCGGCCAAGCCGUCACCUCCACCUGGGACGCUGCCCAAGGGUGCUGGCCCAGGCCCCAGCCUCCUGGACAAUGCCAUCGACCCAGGCAGCUCAGCUGCUCAGCUGCCUCAGAAGAGCAUCCUAGAGCGGAAGGAGGUGCUCGUAGCUGUGAUUGUAGGCGGGGUGGUGGGCGCCCUGUUCGCGGCCUUCCUGGUCACGCUGCUCAUCUACCGCAUGAAGAAGAAGGAUGAGGGCAGCUACACACUGGAGGAGCCCAAGCAGGCCAGCGUCACGUACCAGAAGCCUGACAAGCAGGAGGAAUUCUACGCCUAGCAGAGCCUAGUGGAGCCACAGUGCCUCCCGUAGCCUCAGCGUCACCCCUCCGCCUAGCCCCCGGCCCGGCCCCACCAGCCCUGGCCUGGGACUGGGCCUGGGAGGGAGUCUGGCCGCGGUUCAUCUCUGCCCGCCCUCCCAGGGUCUGCCCAGACAGCCAGCCUCACGCAGAUCUUACCUGAGGGACAGGGGGCACUGCCAUCUGCCCUAGACUGUGCCCUUACCAGCUCAUCUCGUGUCCCCCCGCCCUCCCCACAAUCAGCCUGGGGCUUCAGGACCUCGUGUCGGCCGGACAGGAGGAAGGAAGCUCCGGAUUGGCUGGGAGAAGAAAGGGUGGGGCUUGAGAUGGGCUCCAGGCCCCAACCUGGCCCCCACCAAGGGCCAGCUGAAAUCUCGUUUCGGAGGCGGAGAGGCACGCAGGCUGGUUUCCAGGACGAGCGUUUGGCCAGCUCCGCCCUCGACAUCAUCGAGACACUGCGGCCUCUCGCUACCGUCCCGGGGCCCCUCUCUGCCCGGGAGAGACGGUACCUCUCGUCACCAGCCUGUUUGGCCCUGGCCUCUCUGGGGUGGUGGGGCCAUUCUCCCCUGGCCCCUGCCCAGUGCCCACCUACCACAGGCCUCACCUCAUCCCAGCGUGCCCCUAAGGAAUCGACUUGCUGAGAGUGCUCUGGCAGCCCCUGGUGAGGAGGGGCUGGGCUGCCUGGGCCUCCCUCCCUCUUGCAGGCGGACUCUGCACGGACACCAUCUCCCACACGGUCACGCAUGACAUCACACACGAAGGCGACGACGCUCAACGACAAAACCUUGCGCGGUCCCGCUCACCCAGCCGGUGCAGACCUGUCACAGACAUGCUUCCAAAGAUGCUUAUUCUCACGUGUUUCUCACCCCGCGGCCCCCCCGCCCCCCGCCCCCCCCCCAAUGCUCACAACAAUGCAAGGCACUAGUCGUCGUCCCCUGAUGGUGGUGACAGUGUGGCCUGCCCCUCCCUCUGUCCCCCUCCCCCCAUGCACACUGUGGCACCAGGCAGGCUGUCCCCAGCUCCCGGGCUCACCGGAGAGGGUGGAGUCAGGCUGGAACAGUCAGCCCAUAUUGGGUCCCCAGAGUUGCCCUGCCAACACUCAUCCCCUCACCACGACGCCAGCACCAACCACGCGGCCGCCGCCCCCAGCAUGUCAGAUACGAUCCCACGUGGAGGUCCAGUCUCCCCCCUGCACAGCCCCGUGCUUGUGCUGCAGGGGAACCGGCGGGCUCUUGCUUGCCUCUCCUGAAAUAAAGUGGGGGGGGGGGGAUGCUGCCACAACCCACCCCCCGCCAGGGCAUUGUACAUCGUGGGGCCUGCUCCCCUCCCCUCCCCUCUGUAGCUCGCCGAGGAGUGAGUUCGGGGCCAGUCCCCCGCGAGCUAGGAGCCUUGCUGAGGAAGGCAGGCUGGUUCCUGGAAAUGUGGAGGGGGUUUGGGUCACCCAGGACCACAAGGCCUGGGCGGGGAGGGGUGUGCGGCCUGGCUCCCGGUCUCCCUGUACCCUCUCCUGCUCUGAGCUAGGGGCUGACGCUGCCUCCCAGGACACAAGUCUCCAAAGUGCCUGCGAGGGUGGGCCCUGUCGCCUGGGCCUCCUGCACCCUCCCCGCGGCCUCACCAGGCCCACCUCGGUCCCGCCCUGGGGCCCUCCCCGUGGACACCUGCCCGCUCGCUGGCCAGACAAGCUGAUGGUUCUUGAAGCAGCCCAGCCAGACACACUGCCCCAGGCCGGGAGCUGAGAGCAGGUGGGGCUGGGGGCGGGGCGGGGGGGGGGGGGCGCGUCCCAGGCCCCGGCCCACCUCCCCCUUCUGUGUUACCCUUGCGAGGGGGCCGCUUCUGUAGAUAUUUUAAAUGUGGGGUCACAAAUCUCCUUGGGGGAGGAGGGUGUGCUUGGUGGGGGCUCCUGAGGACACGGGAUGUGGUCUGAGUUGGGGUUGGCUGGUGCUCACCCCCCCCCCCAACCUUCAGCCCAGAUUAAAGUCAGGAUCCCAGCUUUUA